AUGGCCUUCCCCGGCCGCUCCAGCUCCACGAGAAAGGCGCCAGCCUGCGGCGAGGGUGAGGUAACCAGUACGACCGGUGAUGCCGCUCUCGUCAGAGCCCCGAGUCUCGCUGGCACCCCUCGGACCACCUCGCAAAGGACCCAGCGGACCAAGGCGAACGCCCGAGAGCGCAGUCGCAUGCACGGCCUCAAUGCCGCCCUGGAUAAACUGAGAAGGCACAUCCCCUUCGCUCGCAACACCAGCAAGCUGUCCAAGAUCGAGACCCUGCGGAUGGCGCGCAACUACAUCUUUGUCCUCUCGGAGACCCUGUCCACGGGGGAGCCGUUCGACCCCAUCACCUACGCCAGCGUCAUGUCGCGAGGGCUGAGCCACGCGACCGCCAAUCAGAUCAACGGUUCACUCAACCUGCGACCCUGCUCGGUCAAGCUGCUGCCGCCGCUGGAGUCGUACCGCGCGUCUGGGUACGAGGUCGCGGAGCCGGCACCCCCUUCCGCUUCAGCGGGGGCGUCGCAGAUGGAGUGUCACGUGAUACCUGAGCUCUGGUCAGACGGCGAUCAGCUGACCGCCUUUUCGGCCGCUUACUGAGGUCCAGCCAGGCGCAACCGACAUAGCCGCUGUUCAACCCUGCAGAUGCGCUUACUCUAUGGGUGCUGUUAUACUUUAAUUAUCCAAAUCAACAUCCGUAGCAUGUUAGCGUAAACUUCAAGAAAAAAACUUUUUGAGCGCUAAGGAGUAAUGAGCGUAGACAAAGACAUGCUUAUCAGUGAUGUGACUAUGGCGUUUCACGAUUUAUGCAAGAGGCUUUUACUUAGGGCAACCCGUCUUUUCCAUUAUUCUGCAAUUUGCCAUGAAAGAGAGUCCUAUACGUCAGCCGUCAGCGUAGGGUUUAAAUAAUUCCUUGGGUGAUUCCGAAAGUGAAAAGUUUGGACAUUCAAGUUUUAUUUUAUUUUAUCAAGCUUUUAGAUACCUAUCAACAUUUGUUCAGCUGUUCGUCGGAAAUAGGUAAAGUGCAGCUGUCCGCCAAAUGUACUGGUGUGUCAUACGAUUAUGCUGCAUCGUUUUCAUGGCCUAUGUAAGGACAAGCGUCAUUAUACGAAAUCAUGU